AUGGACUCCCCUCUCGCCGUCUUCUCCUCCGCCGGCGCCGGGGCACUCCUCGUGGCCGGCACCCUCUACUGUUUGUUCGCCUUCCUACUCGGCCCCGUGGAGAAGAACAGCAAUCCCGCCGUGAAUCUCUCAGGCGGGUCGAUCGCCGCCGGGAAUGUGAGGGACAAGUACGAGUUCCGCCGCCCGAAGGAGACCGUCAGAGUCACCGACAAGGUCCCCGACUUCGUCGACACGUUCUACAACCUCGUAACCGACAUUUACGAGUGGGGGUGGGGCCAGUCUUUCCACUUCUCGCCACCUGUCCCGGGAAAAUCGGACGGUGAGGCGAGCAAGCUCCACGAGCUGAUGAUCGUGGAUCUCAUCGGGGCCAGGCCGGGGGAUCGGAUUUUGGAUGUCGGAUGCGGCAUUGGUGGGCCCAUGAGAACCAUUGCGGCCCACUCGGGAGCCAACGUUGUUGGGAUCACCAUAAACGAUUAUCAGGUAAACCGGGCGCGUACGCACAACAAGAAGGCAGGGCUGGACAAGCAAUGCGACGUCGUCCAGGGGAACUUCCUGGCGAUGCCGUUCCCGUCCAACAGCUUCGACGGCGCGUACUCGAUCGAGGCGACCUGCCACGCGCCGAAGCUGGAGGAAGUGUACGCGGAGAUCUUCCGCGUCCUUAAGCCGGGGGCCCUCUACACGUCAUACGACUGGAUCACCACCGAGAAGUACAGGCCGGAGGAGGACGCGGAGAUAAUCCAAGGGAUCGAGAGGGGAAACGCGCUGCCGGGGCUGAGGAGCUACUCCGACAUCACGGCGGCGGCGAGGGAGGUCGGGUUCGAGGUGGUGAGGGUGAGGGACCUGGCGCGUGAGCCGACGACGGCGAGGUGGCUGGAGAUUGUGGCGGAGAGGGAUCUGGCGGCGCCGCCGGCGGGGCCGUGGUGGUCGCGACUGAAGUUCGGGAGGAUUGCGUACUGGAGGAAUCACAUUGUGGUCUCGGUGCUAGCGGCGGUCGGGGUGGCGCCGAAGGGGACGGUGGACGUCCACGAGAUGCUGUGUAAGACGGCGGAGUAUUUGACCAAGGGCGGCGAGAAGGGGAUAUUCAGCCCGAUGCACAUGAUUCUCUGCAGAAAGCCCGCAGAGAAGUAA